GUCAAUUAUCGUGACCAAUCACUUCCCUCUGUAGCUAUGUACUCUCGGAUUGCUUUUUCAGACGCGAUCUAGAUAUAGAUCGCUUGACACCUCAGCAAUCCUUGCACAUCGCUUUUCCCACCAGCAAUCAAAUAUUUAAUCACUUUUCUCUUCAACGAUAUUUCAACAUAUCGCCUUUGACAUGAGCGAUCGAUACAAAAUGUAUGUAGGUAGAAAAUUUUCAUAAGAACUAUUAUGAAAUUUUUUCCCUCCGGUAAAGAAUUAGUGUAGCUUGGGAAAAUUGUCCUAGUAUGGAAUUUGCGUAAAACAACAGAAAAAGUAGAUAUGGGACAAGCAAGCAAGCAAAGGGACGAACACACGACACCAGAGUAUCCAGCGGAGCCGAGUUAGAGAAAAUGAGAAAUAAAACGGAAACAGAAAGAGAUUCAGCAGCUGCUUUGUUCUUUCCCUAAAUCGUCUUUUUGGGGGAUUUUGGCAUUUUGUCUUUCCUUCCACCUUUGGAUCCGCCGAACAUAACACAAAUGGACAAGCACUGACCAUUACUUAAUUACUCUGCUUACGACCUGACACUACUUAGUACUUAAUAAUAAUAAUCCCGAAACCAUAAUGGCGAGAAAACCCCACAGAAUACACUGAUAACUGUAACGUGCAAGCUCUGAAUCAGGAUUUCAGAGAAGGGAGAAUCGAUCAGGAAACAACUGAGACCUCAGUCCUCCCCAUGGCCACUGACUUCAAGUCAAUCCCUAUCAUCGAUAUCGGUCCUUUACUGGCAAAGAGCGAUGACCCGGAUAUGGGUUCGGACCCGGGUGUGGCUCAAGUUGUCGAACAGCUGGACCGGGCUUGUAGGGAAGCUGGCUUCUUCUAUGUGAAAGGCCAUGGCGUUCCAGAUCCCCUAGUGAAGGAGGUCAGAAGUAUAGCACGCAAGUUCUUCCAUCUUCCCUAUGAAGAGAAGCUUAAAAUCAAAAUGACACCAGAAGCUGGAUACAGGGGAUAUCAGAGGCUUGGAGAGAAUAUAACCAAAGGUGUUCCUGAUCUGCAUGAAGCUAUCGAUUGUUACACAGAAAUAAAACCAGGGAGGUAUGGAGCUCUUGGAAAGCCUAUGGAAGGAUCAAACCAAUGGCCACAGUAUCCACCAAACUACAAAGAACUGAUGGAGGAGUACAUAAGCCUAUGCACAGAACUAUCGAGGAAGAUCAUGCGAGGAAUUGGUUUGGCAUUGGGUGGAUCGCCUUCGGAGUUUGAAGGCGAUAGAGCUGGAGAAGCGUUUUGGGUGACGCGGAUCAUAGGUUACCCUGGUGUACCUGAUGCAAAUGGAGAUAACAAAACUGACAAUGAUGUGGGAUGCGAAGCUCACACAGACUACGGUUUGGUGACGUUAGUCAAUCAGGAUGAUGAUGUAACUGCACUUCAGGUGAGGAACCUGUCUGGGGAAUGGAUAUCUGCUCCUCCGAUACCCGGGACAUUCGUGUGCAACAUUGGGGACAUGUUGAAGAUUUGGAGCAACGGUCUGUAUGAGUCGACUCUCCAUCGAGUUGUCAAUAACAAUGCCAAAUAUCGCGUCUGUGUUGCUUACUUCUACGAGCCAAACUACGAUGCCAUCGUGGAGCCCUUAGACUUUUGCAUCCAGAAGAGUGGUGGCGUUAGGAAGUUGGGAAAAGCUGUUUAUGGAGAACAUUUGGUCUCCAAAGUUCGAACCAAUUUCGUCUGAAGUGUCUCUGACGUUGGUUCAUACUGUGGUUAUAUAACUUGCAUUGCAAUGUACUAUAUAUAGUCUUCUCAGAAGCACAUUUUCAGAAUAGUUUAAGAAACCCAAAAUAAGAAA